GUGCUGGUGACUGUGAUUGAAACUCUACGUGGAUAUGUUGGUAUUUAUGAAGGAUUCAGUUCUUUCCCCUAAAUCUUUUUGCCGAUUUCAACACUGUUGCUUGAAUUGUCGGAACAAGAAAAUAUGCCGAGUGCAUUAACUGACAAAUUUAAAGAGGUUGCCGAACUUAUUAAGACAAAAGCAGAUAAACUCUGCAUGCAGCGGCAACCACUUCAGAUGCGGAAGCAAAAGCCAGUGGCUAUUAAAAUGCUCAAUCCAAAAUUUGAGGAGAACUUUGUCCAGGGUAGAGACUACGAUCCAGACAGUGAACGGGUUGAGAGAAAGAAGUUGAAGAAGCGUUUGACACAAGAAGGUAAAGGUGCUGUUCGCGAAGUGCGUAAAGAUAAUUAUUUCUCUUACAGGAGCUGAAGUCGAGGGAUAAGGCUCUGAUGGAAGAAGAAAGA